AUUUGAACGUCAAUGUAGAAAAAUAUUGACUUUCAGGUUCCAUUGAAACUUAACGGAGUUUUAAAUUAAGCAUAUAAUAAUCAAAAUUAUGGCUUCUUUGUUUUGUUGCAGGAAAAAAUCAGGUGAUCAUUUUUCAAAACGAAAGCGAAGCAUGCAGCUCUUCGGACUUUUGUGGUUGGUUGUUUCCAUGACAAGCCCUCUGUAUGCUUAUAAAGAUGGGGUUUUUGAAGUGGAAAAAAUUAGAGAAGGGUUAGAAGACAUUCUCAUAGUGAAAAACAAAACCGGAAAAACAGUAGCAGUUAUUGAUGUUUUCGCAGACGGCGAAUAUCAGCUUGUAAAGCCAAUUGCAGAAGACGAUUAUGUUUGUUAUGUGUCACGUUUUGAAAUGCAGGAACAUGAAACAACAACAUGUUAUGAGCGUGUGCCUUUACCAAAAGGUGAAGAAGAUCAGAUCGAUCUGAGAGACUGUGAAGAUCGUGAAGUAAUUUUUCUCCAUCCUACAGACUGCGAAAAGAAUGACGUUAAGAGGGAAGAUGACGGUGAAUUAAAGAGGCAAAAACGGGCUUGCUAUAUCAAAGAAGAACUUCAGAAUGCAUGCUUGGAAACUGAACGGUAUUGCAAGAAGUACGGAUGGUGGACUGGGAGAUCCAGGUGUAAAUCUUGGGGCGUUAGAUGUUCAAAGUAUGGACUUCGCGUCGUUACAACAAAGCAUUGUUAUUAAUGUUUAUGUAUAAAUGCUGGAACAUUUAACUCUGAGGCUUUAAAUGGCUAUUCAAAAUAGUAAAAUGAAACAAUAUAAUAACUUAAUAUAUAUAUUUGUUCUAUGUCAAAUAGUCUAAGAACGAAUACUACGUGCAUAUAUUUUAAUACAUUAGUUAAAAUACGGUUCGUAUUAAUACUAACAUAUCAAAGUUUAAACGUUGUUUUGUUGUAUACAAUCACAAGUUAAUUUAUUUAAAAUCGGAUAAAUAUAUAUUUUAAACAAUAAUACAGUAGGAAUCAAUAAAAUUAUAAUAUGAUGCAGCACACGGACAUUCAGACCUCAUUCUUAGUAUUCAAAAAAAAUAUAUUACUUUCACUCAUGGAUGGAAUUCUCGAUGCCGUAAUAUAUAUAGUAAUUACAGGAAAUUGGUUUUCAGAUUGAAUUUUAACAAGAAAUAUGUUUGCGAAAACAUUUGUAUCUAUUAAAAAGUAUGCUUUGUGCUUUGACAUAAUAAAAGUAUCAAAUCAUUUA